AUGAUCAGAAUCGUUUCUUUGUAUCUUACUUUAAUUUCACUCGGUUUUGGUCCUUUACCUUACAAGAACGACGUUUCAACAAUUGUCUAUGGCUUAACAAAUCUGUGUAGUUGCCGUGGAUCUUUGAUACUGCUGGAAGAUGGCUCUGAACACUGUUUUCGAGUAGAGCAUUCACCAAAAUCUGACUGGGUAUCUGCAGAUGAAACUUGUUCAAAGCUGGGAGGUCACUUAGCUCAUUUCCAGACAGUUACUUCCUAUUACGAAGUUGCUAGUUCAUUGAAAGAGAACGAUGUGAAAAGGUUGUUGGUGGGAUAUACAGUCGCCAAUGUCAAGUUGAAUACCAUUGCCACAGUUUGUCAAAACAAUAGUCACGAGGGAACCAGACGAUGGCAAAAGAUGCGUUUUUUUAAAGACGGAUCUCAAACUCCAUUACGGGUCAUGCGAAGAAAUCGAUCAUGUGCUCUGCGAUCUCCCCUCGUAACUGGUCAGUCGAGAAAUACGGUAACUAUUCCCCCAACGUCACUCACAUUAAAAACUGCUUCUACAGUAACAAUCAAUACGACAGCAUCAACUUCGAGUCAGAUUAACUCUGCUACGUUAAGCAACUUAACAACUUCAGGACCGACUCCAUCAACCACCUCUCAGCCUACUCCAACUGCAGGCAGAAAUGCAACAACUAGUCACUUUAGCGUCACUAUUUUACUAGCAACAACAGCGACAGUUCCAGCUAAUGGCGCAAAUGCACCUUCGCAAAAUGCUUCAGUGUCACCUCUUUCUACAUCGUCUUCCAACGCACCGGCACAUAGUGCUACAUCUGUUAACAACAGCUCGAUUUCUUCUGUAACGCAAGGAUUUCAUGACGGAACAACAGCAGUUCCUAGAACUAGUGUCAUAUCCGCAACGCCAUCACGAUUACCAUCUCAGGACGUUACGGUCAUUCACAGUACUUCAGUUUCAACUAUAACCACUGUGCCAAGUCAUGGGACUUCUGGGACUUCUACAACUUCAAACACUGCCAGCACACCAACAGGCAUCAUAUCUGCAACACCACCGAGACUACCGUCUCAAAACGCCACAGCUACCCAUAAUACUUCAGUUCCAUUUACAACAACUGUGUCAAGCCAUGGAACCUCUGGAACACCUACGUAUUCCAUCACCUCUUCAUCCACAGUUAGCUUGCCGGCAACAAAUACUGGAUUAUCAUCUCAGAAUGUAACGCUCGCUUAUAACCAUUCAGUUUCAUUUGAAACAGCAGCAAUAAGUCACGGUACCUCCGGAUUUCUUAGUACUUCCAAUACCAAUCUACAGAGUGCAAGAACGACUAGAAAUCCAGCUGUUUCAUCUUUAUCUUCAAGGGUACCAAACUUUACGCAGGUUUUCCCAAGUUCCCUUUCUCUUUUCACAACGAUACCAUAUUAUGAUGACCCGGAAGCUUCUACCGAACAUGGCCAUAGAUUGACUCAAAUUGAAACCAUAGAAAGUAUCAAGUUUCCAUUUAGCCAAAAUAAAGCUGCCAUUAGGGGGCAAGUGAAAUCUUGUGAAACGCAAACAGAAGAAGCCAUGGAGGACUUGGCAAGAACGAAUCUAAAAGGCGAUCUGGAUAGCGGUUAUUAUGCAGAAAAUGAAAGCAUUACUAAGGAAUAUAUUCCAAUGCCCAUACCAACCGCUCCAGCUCCUGAACCAACCGACCUUGUAGCUCACGAUGAUGCCAGUUCUGAACACUUGUUCGGCGAAAAAGAAGCUGUAAAUGUUGUUAUGGAUGACAGCGAAGGUUGCUUAAUAGAUUAUGCUAAAUUAUAA